AUGGCUUCUUCUCUGUUCAUCAUAUGCUACCCUCUUCUUGCCAUACUUCUUCUGUUACACAAAUCUGCCAUAGCGCAAACUGGUUAUAACGAAAAGGAGAAGGAGGCUCUUGAUGUCUUGAAGGCUACUUUCAACAAUGCAUUCCUAAAUGACAACUGGACAGACAUUCCUUGCUUGCCGAGAGGGAUAUCAAGAUGGUAUGGAAUUCAAUGUGAUUCCAAUGGCCGCAUCACAGGCAUUGUCCUGGAAAGUUUGGGACUAGUAGGGAACCUCAAAGUUGAUGCAUUCAAAAACUUGACUGAGAUAUCUGUGGUGAGCUUGAAGAACAACACUAUAUGGGGAAAGAUGAUGGAUUUUAGUUUCAACCAGAAGCUGACUCGCAUUGAUAUCUCCCAAAAUAGGCUGUCUGGGCCAAUGUCAAGUUCAGUUUUAAGUCUUGGGAGGUUGGAGUCUUUGUCUGUUGAAUCUAAUUGGUUGGUUGGUUUGAUCCCGGCCUUGAACCAAUCCACACUGAAAGCACUCAAUCUCUCAUAUAACAUGUUUUCUGGACCAAUCCCAACAACUCAAGCUCUUCGAAAAUUUGGCAACAAUUCAUAUUUUGGUAACAGUGGUUUGUGUGGAUCACCUUCUAAUGUUCCCUAUGAUGGUGUCAACCCCCCUUAUGUGGAUAGUGAUAACAAGAAUGGUUCUUCAGGUUCUAAUAACAAAGAUCGUAGUCGAUUUACCACGUCUGGUGUAAUCUUUUAUGGUUUGCUUCUUGUUUGUCUAGUCAUUGCAAUUUUUCUUUCGGCUCAUUAUUAUAGGAAAUCUAGGAAGCUAAAGAAGUUGAUAAAGGAAGUGAAAGCCACUAGUACUAGUCAAACGAAUGAGGAGAGCAAAAAAGGUGGAAAGAAGGUUGAAGAUGAAGGAGAGGCAGUAAGUUCGGUUGGAGGACAACAAGAGAAAGGGAAGCUCAUAUUCAUAGGGGAUGGAGCAGCUGAAGAGUUCGAACUUGGAGAUAUUUUAAAAGCUUCUGCUGAGGGAUUAGGCAGAGGGAUUUUUGGAAAUAGUUAUAAGGCUAAGAUGAGUGGGAAGCAAGCUGUUGUUGUAAAGAGGAUAAGAGACCUGAAACCAUUGGUUAAUGAGGAAUUCAACAAGCAGUUGCAGCUGAUUGCCAACUUGAAACAUCCCAACUUGCUGCCUCUUCUUGCUUAUUACCACACCAAGGAUGAAAAGCUGCUCCUAUAUAGAUAUGUUCGAAAUGGGAAUCUGUUUAACAGAUUGUUUGGAGCAAGAGAUUCAAAUCGAAUUCCAUUCACAUGGACCUCAAGACUAUCAGUUGCUCAAGGUGUAGCUCGAGGUGUGGAGUAUCUUCACCUCAAUGCCACAUCCCCUAAUAUCCCGCCUCAUGGAAACUUGAAGUCUUCAAACAUUCUUUUCAAUGAGAAUGACACAGUUCUUGUUUCAGAUUAUGGUUUUGCUUCACUAGUAGCACUUCCCGUUGCAGCUCAACGUAUGGUUUCUUAUAAAGCACCUGAGUAUAAAAGGACUAAAAGAGUUUCAAAAGAGUCUGAUGUGUGGAGCUAUGGUACCCUUCUUUUAGAGCUCUUGACAGGAAAAAUCUCGGUCUGCACUGCUCCACCAGGUGUCAGUGGUGUAGAUAUCUGCAGUUGGGUUCACCGAGCAGUUAGGGAAGAAUGGACCGCUGAGAUUUUUGAUCUUGAAUUAUCUGAGCACAAAACUACAUGCAGUGGAAUGCUUAGACUGCUACAAAUUGCAAUGCGGUGCUGUGAUCCAACCCCGGAGAAACGCCCCAUGAUGAGUGAAGUGUCAAGGGAAGUACAAAACAUAAGGAGUACUGAAUCAGUUGGAGUUGACUCAUCAGAUGACUCGAUAGGAUGA